AUGGAGGACCGAAAACGGCCCAUCGCCGACGACCAAGCUCCUCCCGCUAAGAGGCAAGCCGUGACUGUCAACGGUGCUCGCUCCCACCCAGACGCUGACUUGCCGUGGAAAGAUGACAUCGAGGUUCGCCCCCCGAUUACCUACCGCCCUCCUCCUACGCCCUCGGCGCACACUCCCGCUGACUCUUCGAAUCUACAGUCUUUCCAGAAGGAUGCCAUUCUGAGGCAGAUGCGCGAGUUCAAACGCGAAAAGGCCACCGUCGAGUCACAACUAAACGAGUUGGAGGGCCGUUCCAAGUACCACGAUGACCACCUAGGCAUAAUCGACGCUUGGUUUGAUCAGCUUGUCGAUGAAAUCAAACUCCUGGGCGGUGAUAAACUGCCUGCAUCAUCAGCUCAGGCCGAUGCUAUCCAGGCUGUGCCCGCUGCGCUCUUGUGCCAGGACAAUCAGACUUUUAAGAAACACCUGUCUGAUCGCAAAGACAAGAUACUUGCAUCGCUUACCGACCUCUUUGCGAGAUAUCCCGCAAGCAGUCCCGAGGUUGCGACUCUUCAACAGAAGCUGUCAGAACUCUUGGUCACCGAGAAGGAUCAUGUUGUGCGCCUGCAACGCGUCACUACCGAGAAAGAGCAAUUAUCUGACCGCCUGGACACCGCUACUCAUCGUUAUCUGGUUGCUGAGAAGAAGCUCGACCGGCUCAAGAGCGCCCAGGUUCAGAAACUCGAGCAAUCAGCAGUCGGCACUAGUGCGGCUGUGAAAGAGGAGGCACCAUCUGCCAGCAAUGGAACAGAAGCCACCAAUGGUACCUCGCCAGGCCCCAUCAGUGAAGAGUUGGAAACAGCGAAAAAACAGGCUCUGGCUGAGGCAGCCAAGAGAAAAGAGCAACUUGAACAGAUCGAGCAGGAGAACAAAAAGCUCACCGAGGAGGUUUCAGCACUGAAAGUGAAGCUUACCGGCCUGUCGGACGACGAUUAUGCGAAGACUGAUCUUUUCAAAGCUAUCAAGAACCAGCAUGAAGACGUGAUCAAGCGCAUCAAUAACCUUGAAGCCACCAACAUCACCUUGCGGGAAGAGGCGCAGAAAUUCCAGGCAGAGCGAACGGCGUACAGGAUCAAGGUGGAUGACGAGGUUCGUGCUAGUCUGGCAGACAGUGCAAGCCACGUUUCGCAAGCGGAAGCGAAUUGUGCUCGCAUUCGAAACGCCCGGGAUGAACUUGUGACCAAGAACAACGUCUUGGAAGCCAGCCACAAAGAUUCCAAGGAAUCCAUCGAGCAAUCCAAACAGCUCGUGAGCGCAUGCGAUAGCCGCAUCGCGGCGCUGGAAUCUGAAUGCGAGCGACUGCGACUACAGAUCGCGGAACAACAAAGCUCGGAAGGCCAGGAGUCGUCUGGACUGGAAGACUUGACACCGGAGCAGUUGCGCAAUAAGAUUGCCAAGCUCGAAAGCCAAUGCAAGAUUUUGGGCAAUGAGCUUCCCUCUAUGGAGUCCGCAUGGAAGAAGGCGCAGGCGAUUGCAAGCAAGAAGAUCACCGAGAUCGCUGCUUGGGAAGAAAACAUUGCCAAGGCACAUGCAGACAAAGCUAAAGCGGACCAAAAGUUCUUUGCGGCCAUGAAGACCAAAGGAGAAUUGGAACAGCAAACUCGCAUCCUCCGCGCCCAGGCUACCAAAGCCACUGAAGUAGUGGCGCAGCUGAAAGAGGCGGAUUCACUCAGCCGGUCACUGGUGGACAAACUAGAGAAGCAAUGUGCCGAAAUGCGGUCCCAAAUGGACGAUCUUUCUACCCAGCACCGUCAACUGCAACAGAAGGUCAGCGAGAACGCCAUCACUUCUGAAGGUCAUGUCAGCCAGAUAGCAGAACUCAAGAAGGUUGUCGAAGCCAAGGAUGCGACAUGCCUUGCGGCAAAACACGCUCAACGCGAAUCGGAAACCGAGCGGGACAAGCUGGCUGCUCAAGUGACCGGACUGGAGAAGCAAGUGCAGAUCUACAAGAAGAAGAGCACCGCUAACCAGAGCUCUGAAGUGUCGACUAUGGAGCUGUUGAUUCAGUGUCAGAUUUGCAAGAGCAAACUCAAGAACACAGUCAUCAAGACUUGCGGGCACAUGUUCUGCGACCAAUGCGUACAGGAUCGACUGACCAACCGCGCGAGGAAGUGCCCGAAUUGCGGCAAGGCGUUUGGCAGCAACGACACGAUGCGUGUGCAUCUAUGA